AAGCGGCGGAGAACGACAUCUCCCGUGUUGCGUCUGUCACUACCGCGGAACUACACGCCCCCUUGUCUCGAAGCACGACUGGAAGCACGUAUGCACAACUUCUGAUAAUGUUUUGAAUACUUAGUAAGAACACUGUAGCUGCCCACGACCGGUACGCAGUACUACGCACCGAGGAAGCAGCGGGUGUUUCUCUCAAAAAUGGCUACCAUCGUGUUUUGCACAGUAAACAAAACAGCUCUGACUACGGCCAGACAAUGUUUGACUAAACAUUUAAAGGGGUUUGCUAGUGCAAGACACUCGCAUCUGCCGUCUCCCUCCACUCACAGCCCGUCAGGGACCUUGCUAGCGAGAACGAGAUGGUUUUCCAGGGGCGCCGGGGUAAGGUUUAUGUCCCAUGGGACCGCAGGCAGAUCCGCAGCCGGACGAACCAGAAGGGGAGCCCUGGCGCUCAGCGGAGCUGCAGCAGUGACAGCAGCAGCUGCUGUAGCUGGGUUUUUCGCCAACGCUAACCACUUCCAGCGUGCGGAAAUGGCAACGAAAGUCUCCCAAGCCGCCGAGGAGAAGGAGCAAGAGGGGGACAUACUGGAGAGAUGCCGGGGGUUCAUGUCUCCUCCGGUAACUGACAUCAGCGUCCUGCAGGGAAGGAAAGGGGAGAUGCGUACGAGGAUGGAGAUGCUGAUCAUGGAGACGCAGGCCGAGUUCUGCAGAGCCUUGCAGGAUGUGGACGGCGGGACGUUCAAGGUGGAUCGGUGGGACAGGAAGGAAGGUGGAGGAGGAAUCAGCUGUGUGAUGCAGGAUGGAAAGGUGUUUGAGAAGGCAGGGGUGAAUGUGUCAGUAGUAUUCGGGAACCUGACCGAGGAGGCCGCCAGGCAGAUGACGAGCAGAGGGAAAGUCCUCAAAGGGAAAGAUGGGAAGCUGCCAUUUUGUGCCAUGGGUGUGAGCUCUGUUAUCCACCCCAAGAACCCCCACAUCCCCACAGUGCACUUCAACUACAGAUAUUUUGAGAUCGAGGAGGAAGAUGGCUCUAAGCAGUGGUGGUUCGGUGGAGGCACAGACCUGACUCCAGUUUAUGUUAAUAAAGAAGAUGCGUUUCACUUCCACAACACCCUGAAGGAGGCCUGCGACCAGCACCACCCGCAGUACUACCCUGAUUUUAAGCAAUGGUGUGACAGAUACUUCUAUAUCCGCCACAGAGGAGAGACUCGAGGUAUAGGAGGGAUCUUCUUCGAUGACCUGGACUCCCCGAGUCAGGAAGAAGCAUUCAAUUUUGUCAAGAGCUGUGCCCGCACUGUGGUGCCCUGUUACCUGCCUAUCGUAUACAAACAUCUCAAUGACUCCUUUACUGAUGAGGAGAAGGACUGGCAGCAAGUACGACGAGGCAGAUAUGUGGAGUUCAACCUGGUGUAUGACAGGGGAGUGAAGUUUGGCUUGGCCACGCCGGGCUCCAGAAUUGAGAGCAUCCUCAUGUCCCUCCCCCUCACCGCCAGGUGGGAAUACAUGCACGAGCCUGCCAAAGGUACCCAGGAGGCUGAGAUACUGGAAGUGUUACGAAACCCCAAGGAGUGGGUGUGACCACAGUUUAGGUUUACAUGGGAAAAUGCACAAAACAUUCAGAAAAACGUCUUUGUUGUAUUUGAUAAUUGUGUGACCUGUUUGACUAGAUCAGCAGCGGUUAACAUCACGAUUACCAAAAUAAUAUGAACUUGCUUUGCAAUUGCGUAGGAGUUUUUUAAUCUGUCCCGGUACUUUUCUCUUUCCUGUUUCCUAUUUUUUGUCAUAUCACCCUUGUUGAAAUUUAAUCACAGGGGAUUUUAAUAAUGUAAUGUAUGAGACAUUGUGUUGUUCAACUCAAUGAAUGAGCUUUGUGCCAAUGCUUACUGAAGUGCAAAGUAAAACAAGACCAGAUAAUGUAACUUCACAGGUGAACAUUGCACCUGCUUUUAGGUCAUCUCACAUUGAUGAUGUGCUACUUUUAAGAAGUGUUUGUGUCAAACUCUACUUGCUCUACUUGAAGCCAUCUGAGCUCUACUCUCCUCUGUGCUUCUUUAACAAGGCACUGAAAGGGAAAACUAGGUCAAACUGAGCCACUGUGUUUGUAUGUGUGGCACUACUUGUACCAAAUGUUAAUAAAUCUAGUUUUGAUGUGCAUCUGCUCACCACAAUGUGCUAUUCUUGACAGUCAAAGAUAGAUAAAAAGAUUUAACUGUUCCCGGUUGAGCCCCAUUUACACUGUGGUUGGUCAUUCAUUUGUGGUAAAUGAGUCACAUCCUGCUUUGUUUGAACAGCAGUAAAUGGUACUUGGAUUUUGGAUUAUGUCCCACAGAGAGGAUAAAUGUGGAUCACAGGCCAGGUGGUUCCUUUAGAGACAGAAGAAUAUCUCCAAAAAAAAUGUUCAUGAGUUGUAUCCUUUAAAAAUAAUUUAUAGCUAACAAUUAUAAUAAGUUGUGUAUUUUAAUACCUUUUACCCUAAUAUUCCACAGAAAACUUGAGUUAACCACUGAAAUCCAGGACCAAUUGUAAUGCCUUCAUUCUCGAUUUCUUGUGACUUUGCACACAUUUACCUUUUAUUCACUCUUUCAUGUAACUUUGUUCAGUCUCUCACAACUUUGAGUCAGUUUUUAGAGACUUAACAAAGCUCAGCGCUGUAUCAUUGUAUUGUUUGUAAAAUUAUGAUAUUCUGGGGACACAAGCAGGGAAGAGGAGAACCGUAGAAAACGUUCACCAUUAACUUAUACACGCAUUGGAUCAUAUUCUUGAGACACUGAAAGAAAUUAUGCAGAGCAUGUUCUGAAAU